GUUCUUACUUUGGCUGAUUUGUUGCGGAUUCUUUGGAAAUUAUUAUCGGCAAUCUUUCUAAAAUCCUCAUCAUCUAUAGCAGAUUCACGGAUGUCGCUUGAAGUGUGCCGCCUCCUUUGCGUUUGCAGCAUCAGAGGAGUGGAGGUGCAUGUUUUGAAUGUAUAUAUUAUAACUGAACAGUUGAAACUAUACAAAUAUGGCUGCCAAUGAUAUAUCCGAUGCAAUAUUGGUUAUAAUUCAAAGAGUUGCAUCUGGAGCUUCAAAUGAUGAUCUGGUUAAGGGAUUACCAGAGGUUACAGCGCAAGCUCGAAUGGAAAGUUUGAAUAAAUUGUUGCAACAGGGCGCUAUUGAAUUGCUUAAAAAAGGGGAAAAGCUCAUAUAUCGUGCUAAAGAUCCGAAAAAGAGUGCAUUACCCAAAGAUGCCGAUAAUGAGGAACGAAUAAUUUAUGGUAUAAUUGAAGAAGGCGGAAAUAAAGGCAUUUGGAUUCGUGAUAUACGCAUGCAAUCAAACCUUAACAUGACUCAUUUGAAUAAAAUUUUGAAAAAUUUGGAGACCAAAAAACUGAUUAAAGCAGUCAAAUCCGUAAAUGCUAGUAAAAAAAAGGUAUACAUGCUGUACAAUUUAGAACCAGACCGCUCAGUAACUGGCGGGGCUUGGUAUCAAGAUCAAGACUUUGAGGCUGAAUUUGUAGACGUCCUUAAUCAGCAAUGCCUAAGAUUUUUACAAAUGACCCGUGAAAAUGCAGAAAAAAAACGGGAAGGUCCAUUGGCACUUAAACGGCUAUCUUGCUGUUCCGUAAAGGAAGUUCAUAAAUUUAUAUCAGACUUGGGUAUAAGUAAAGUUCAUUUAGAUGAAGAUGAUUUAGAAACUAUAUUAAAAACUGUCGUUUAUGAUGGCAAUGCAGAGCGUAUGAUGAUGCCCGAUGGUUCUUUUGUUUAUCGCGCCAUUAAUUCACCACUUUUUGCCCCCGGCCUUGUACAAAUACCUUGUGGGAUAUGUCCCGUUAUCAGAAAUUGCUCAAAAUGUGGGGAUGUAACACCAAAUAAAUGUAUUUAUAUGACAGAUUGGUUGGAUUAAUUAAAAAUAAGGAAAUCAUUUUAAUACCUACGUAUAUAUGCAUAUGUAUAUUUAAAACAAAAAUAAAAAAUUAAAAGAGUUAGAAAUAA